UAGUCAACAUUUAGCCUCUCCUGUACUAUGAGAGAAGAAUCAAGAAAUUAAAAAGAAAUAUGAAAGGAUAUUGAAAGACAUGUUCUUGAAGUCUUGCUUUUUGGGCUACCCUGUCUCUGUCUCGAAACACCCAUUAGAGAGAAGUCGAGAUCAUCAUCUCUCUUAUCUGUCUCUUUUAGUCUUAGCUGGACUCUUCUUCUUUAAAACCCUUUUUGCUCUUAAUUGCAACUCUCUUUUCUUCUUUUUCAUGUGUUUCCCCCUAACCUUAAUUUCAACUUUGAAAUCUCAGUUCAAUCGAUUUCUAGUUAUAAAAAUCUCAUCUUUAUCUCAAAUUUUGCUCUUCUUAACAAACCCAAGUCCUCCAAUUUCAGAAAAAUCUCACCUUUGAGUCCAAAGUUUCAAUCUUUCCUCCUCCCCAAAACCCCAAAUCUCAACUUUUCAAAGACCCAACUUGUCUAACUACAAAAAAUCUAACAUUUGGAUCAAAAGUUUCAAUUUUUCCUCCUCCAUAACCUCCAAAUCCCAUCUAUUCAAAGACCCAAGUUCUCCUAUUUCCAAAAAAUCCCACCUUUAAAUCAAAAGUUUCAAUUUUUCCUCCUCCUCAGACCCCAAAUCUCAACUCUUCAAAGACCCAACUUCUUGAAUUCCAAAAAAAUCUCACCUUUGAAUCAAAAGUUUCAAUUUUUCCUCCUCCAAAACCUCAACAUCUCAUCUCUUCAAAGACCCAACUCCUCCAAUUCCCAAAAAAUCUCACCUUUGAAUCAUAAAGUCUCAAUCUUUACCUUAACAAAUGUCAGUAGCUUGUGGACUAGAAUGUGUAUUCUGCGUAGGCUUCAGUCGAUGGAUAUGGAAACGAUGCACAUACAUAGGCUCAGACGACAGUGCCACAUGGACAUCAGCAACACCCGAAGAGUUCGAACCAAUCCCAAGAAUAAGCCGCGUGAUCCUCGCCGUCUACGAACCCGAUCUAAGAAACCCAAAAAUCUCACCUUCACUAGGAAGCUUCGAUCUAAACCCUGACUGGGUCAUCAAACGUGUAACCCACGAAAAAACCCAAGGAAGAUCUCCACCGUACAUCAUCUACGUCGACCAUGACCACCGUGAGAUCGUACUAGCGAUCCGUGGCUUGAACUUAGCUAAAGAGAGUGAUUACAAGAUCCUUUUGGAUAACAAAUUGGGCCAGAAGAUGCUCGGUGGUGGGUUUGUGCAUCGUGGGCUUUUGAAAUCUGCGGCUUGGGUUCUGAAUCAAGAAUCUGAGACGCUUAGAAGGGUUUGGGAAGAGAAUGGUAAAGAGUAUGAUUUGGUUUUUGCUGGUCAUUCUUUGGGUUCUGGUGUUGCGGCGUUGAUGGCGGUUUUGGUUGUUACUAAUCCGGCGAUGAUCGGUGGUGUUCCGAGGAGUAAAGUUCGGUGUUUUGCUUUGGCUCCGGCGAGGUGUAUGUCUCUUAAUCUCGCCGUUAAGUAUGCUGACGUCAUCUUCUCUGUUAUUUUACAGGAUGAUUUUUUACCAAGAACGGCGACACCGUUAGAGGAUAUAUUCAAGUCUAUAUUCUGCUUGCCUUGCUUGUUGUUUCUUGUUUGUUUGAGGGAUACGUUUAUACCUGAAGGUCGGAAGCUAAGAGAUCCUAGGAGACUUUAUGCGCCUGGUCGUAUUUAUCAUAUCGUUGAGCGACAAUUUUGCAGAUGUGGAAGGUUUCCUCCUGAAGUGAGAACAGCGAUCCCGGUGGAUGGUAGAUUUGAACAUAUUGUAUUAUCAUCGAAUGCAACGGCUGAUCAUGCGAUUUUAUGGAUAGAAAGAGAAGCAGAAAAGGCUUUGCAGAUAUUGAGAGAGAAGAGUUCAGAGUCAGUGGUAACAAUGGCACCAAAACAGAAGAGAAUGGAGAGGUUAAACACUUUAGAGAAAGAGCACAAAGAUGCGUUGGAGAGAGCAGUGAGUCUUAAUAUUCCGCACGCAGUGUCCACCGCAGAAGAAGAAGAAGAAUGCAAUAAUGGAGAAGCAUCGGCGGAGUCAAAAACGAAGAAGAAGAACUGGGAUGAAGUGGUGGAGAAGCUUUUCCAUCGAAGUGAUUCCGGCGAAUUCGUAUUCAACGACAAUGCUGUUCCGGAAAGGUAGACUUGUACCAGGUUGAUUAUGAUUCGAUGAAGUUUGUUAUUUUUCUUCUCAGUUUUGUAAAUUCAAAUCUAGGCUUUAUAGA